CACACACACAAACACACACACACAUAAACACACACAUACACAUGCUCAGACAAUCAGAGGGUGAUAUCCAAUGUCUGCUCCGAGCCUGCAGUGGUUUGUGGAGCGCAGAUAAGACCAGAUUCCAGCAGACUGUUAGGAGAGAAGAUAGAAGUCAUCAAGGUGUAUCUUGAACGAGGCACACACGAGCAAAACAAGGAACAACAAAGUGUCACAAUGCUGACAGAUGAGGUUUCACACAUCCAGGAGGUGAGGUACUGCCUGAAGACUCUGAGGGAACAGAUGGCAGCCAGACAUAAUAAUAACAAGAGUCCAGUCAAUGGGAUUCGAGUUCACAUACCGAGCACCAAUUCCCCCGUCUCCAACACCAGUGUGGACUCCAGUGUGGACGCGUCUGUCCCUGAGAACCAGGAGCAGGAGUGUGUGAGGUUGGGAGAGAUGAUUAAACAUCUGAAUGCUCAGCUUCAGGAGGCAGAAAGGAGACACCAGGAGGACAGACAGGCAUUACAGGCAGAGAACAGAGAGCUCCUGCAGCGCCUGGAGGAGCAAAACGAGCUACUGCAGCAGACCCAGAAGCAGUCAGAGGGGCAGAGCCAUCGCACUGAGGAGCUGCAGACACUUCUAGAAAAUCUGAAGCAGGAGAAUUCCAGCCUUCAUUACAAAAUAGCUGAAGGUGAGGCUGAACUUCAGGAACUCCAAGCACUGAAGGAUGGGGAAGAUGUAAAAAGAUGUAAACAACUGGAAAAAGAACAAGCAGUUCUGAAGGAGAAAAUCCAUCACCUAGAUGACAUGUUAAAGAGCCAACAGAGGAAAAUGAGACACAUGAUAGAGCAGCUUCAGAACUCUCGGGUUAUGAUGGAGGAGAGAGAGCGACUGAUUGGUGAUCUAGAGGAAAAAGUGUCUUUUCUGGAAGCAGAGAACAGAGAGAUGCGGGAAAAGAUGGAGUUCUGUGUGGGUGAUCAAGCACACAGUUCUCAUCAGUCAGAACCUCAGAUUGUAUACAGUAAGACUUUGACACCAACAAGUUCAGGAAACAAGUCACUGCCUUUCAUCAAAGUGAUUGAGAUCAAGUCUUGAGCAGAUACAGAGAAGACCAUGUGAGGCAUGUGUACACACUAUACAUGCACUCGUUAUAUUUUUCAUGUGUAACAUGAGUUUUAGAAUGUGGCUGUACAGACAGAAAUCCACCUCAUUUGAAGAAGUUUUUAAUAGCUGAAAAUAAUUGCUUCUUUGAUAACUAAGUACUGCUAAUAAUUAAUAGCUGAUUUUGUGUAAUUUUGUUUUUGCACAAAUUAUAAUAGUUCAGACUUAAAAUGUAUUUUUAUCCUUAUCUAGAUUUUCUCUAUGGUCAUCAACAUUAAAAACACCCUCAGAAGGCCCAGUUUUUGUUCAGAAUUGUGUGUGUGUGUGUGUGUGUGUGUGUGUGUGUGUGUGUGUGUGUGUAGGUGAAAUAUAAUAAUCCUGGUAAAAUGAGUGCUAGACCCAGCUAUUCUGCCAGUUCCCAUAUUAAAUGUGAAAUAUUAACACCUCCCGCUGUUAACAUAAGCUGUAUAGUUAAUAUUUUGAUAUAUAUUCCGUUGUAGUUCUGUAUUUAUAUAAUGAAUUUUGUGGGACCAAAUAAAGUUCAAUGAACGUUA